GACCGCAGAAGCCAAGUGCUGCAUGAGUUUGCUAGGCUGGACUUCAACAUGGUGCAGACAAUCCACCAAAGAGAGCUCAGGGAGUUAUCCGGGUGGUGGAGGGACUUGGGCUUGGGCGAGCACAUUAGCUUCGCCAGAGAUAGGCUGGUGGAGAGCUACUUCAUGGCGGUGGGGAAGAUGCAUGAGCCACAGUUCUCACAGUACAGGAUGCAACUCGCCAGGGUCUCGUACUUGAUGGCCACCGUUGAGGACAUCUUCAGCGAGCAUCAGUCUGUUGAGGAGCUCGAACGCUUUGUGCAAGUUGUUGAGAGGUGGGAUCUUCAAGCGGCAGAGCAGCUGCCUCAGUCACUGAGGGUCUUCUAUGCGGCUGUCUACAACACAACCAACCAGAUCAGCUACACUGUUCUUAGGAGGCAUGGCCGUGAUAUCACUUCACACAUGAGGAGAGCGUGGGUGAGUGUGUGCAGAGCUUACUUGGUUGAAGCAAGGUGGCACCGUGCCCGACAGACACCAAGGCUAGAGGAAUAUUUGAGCAACAUCCGGGCAGCCAUGACCGGCCCUAUUCUCCUCCCUGCCUACUUCUUCCUCUCCCAAAACAUUGAGGAACAAGCAAUCCAGCAGCUGCAGAAUGAGUCCAACAUCAUCAACUUCUCAUCGAUGAUAGUUCGUCUCUCGGCUGACCUCCAGAGAUCCAGGGUUGGAUUCGGGAGAGGGAACCUGCCUAGAUCGGUCCAGAUUUAUAUGAACGAGGCAAGGGUAGCGGAGGAGCAAGCACGGCAGCACAUAAGGAACUUGCUAAGGGAUGCAUGGAGGAGGCUGAACAGGGAGCUGCUCUCUGCUCAGCAGCAGCAGCAACAGACCGCCUUCUCUCGUUCCUUCAUGAACGUGGCUCUCAACAUUGCGAGGGUCUCCCAGUGCAUGUACGACUAUGAAGAUGGCGUCGGUGUCUUGGAGCAUGAGUCCAUGGACCGUAUCUACUCUCUCAUUGCCGAGCCCAUCCAGACUGCCUAAGCAACUGUUUCCCAAUCUAUCAACCA